AUGUAUACCAACAACCCAUACGCUCACGCUGGCUGGCCCAACGCCAACCAGAAUGCAGUAAACAUCUCCGGGAAUGCACCUCCGUCUGUCUUCGGUGCAUUACCAUUCUCUGGUCCCAGCUCUCGAGCUGCGGUUCUCGCCUUUACAUUCGUCAACUUCACUCCCAACAUCAUGAACUGUAUCGUCACAGGACCUGAUGGCAAGCCAUAUUAUCGCAUCUCCACCGACAAUCCAGCCGGUGGAUUCACCACCAUCCAAGGUGUUACCAGUCAAAGUGUCGCUUUGAUCGAGUGGAGAACCGUGCCGAUGAUCGAGAUUCAUGGAUUAGUCGCAAGGCAACCCAUUUCUCAAUGGAUCGCUUUGUCCCCACAGAAAGACCGUCGAUUCAUGGUCAUCAAGGGCGAGACAUAUGUCUGGGUCCCAGGCGCGGACAUCAUUUCACUUUACUCGGUAACCAACGCGUCGACGCUGUUGGCCAGGAUUACGAAGCACACCGCCGUUCAACUCGAAAUCUCGACCAAUAGUAUCCAUGCUGGUCUGCUUGAUGCAUGCGUAGCUGCGACGAUGCUCUUGCUUUGUGGUCAACCUCUUGACUAA